GCAGCAGAGCAGCAGUGUUUCGUCUCCAUUCCAUACAAACCAAGUUGACAUGUCGAGUAUCUAUCGUACAAACAAUGUCAACCGCGGCGGCUCUCCUAGACCUAUGGGAAGAGGACGUGGAGUUCCGGGACGACCACUAGCUCGGCACCCACCUGGCAUGGGAAACAAGCUCAAUGGACAAGCUGGAUCACAAGCACACUCACUUCCUCCACUCACUUCACAGGAUUUUCCACUAAUGUCCUCUAGCAAAGGAGAAGCACACAACAUUAUGAACUUUAAAUCAAUUAAGCCGGUCAUGCUUGAAAACUUCACGCCACCAUUAAAGUUGCAACGUAAAGAUCCUCAUGCUCCGCCACCUCAGCCUAAUCCCGAACCGAUUGCUGGCACCUCUGAAACGGUUAAUGAGGAACCUAGUCGUGGGCCAAAGACGGGCGCUGAUACAAGUCUGAUUGCUCCCAUGGGAGGCGCAACUCGCAAUAAGCAAAUGUUAUUUAAGAAACGUACCCGACAGAUUUUCCUUGCUAAAGAAGAUACUCGAAAGUUACGAGAAGAAGAGCAGAAACCAUGGGUCUUGGAAGAUUUUGAUAAUCAGAACGCCUUUGUUGGAACGCUUGAAGGCGGCCAAAAGUCAGACUACAUGUUGUUUGUCUUUGCCGAAAACGGCUUUAAAGUUGUUCCUGUAGACAAAUGGUACAAGUUCAAUUCAAAGAUCAGUUACCAAACUAUGUCGUUGGAUGAAGCUGAAGAACAUUACAAGAGGCAACAGAAAACGGAGUCUAGUAGAUGGUUGACUGCACGCAAGCCCAAGACUGAAGAUAUGGAGACUGAGGAGGCUGCGGCUCCUAGCCAACGUGAUCGCUUUAAGACCGUAGACAGUGGAAAUACUGGCGUCAAAUCGGAAGAUGAGGAUGAUGGUGGUGGUAAACGGCGUGGAGGGAAUGACUCUGACAUCGACGACAUUGAUUUUGAGGAGGUCUUCCAGGACGAUGAAGAGAUGGCUGCAGAGAUGGAAGUUGAGGACGACGAAACCAAAGAUGUCAAAGCUAGAGUCAAAAAGGAAACGAAGGGCUAUAUGCCAGGUGGCGAUGAAACUGUUGAAGAUUUCGAUGAAAAAGACAUUUCUUUGACGAAUGAGGGCAAACAAAUGCGUAAGCUCGUUCGCAACCUGGAAAAGAACAACGUCUACGAUAGUGACGACGAUCACGAUCCAUACGCCUCUAGCACGGGAGACUUGGGAUCGUCAGAUGACGACGACGAUAGUAACAAAUCGGAUGCAGAGACAAAGAAGAAGAAUGAAGCUGCGGUGCCAAAGAAGGUGUCUACGCCUACCAAACCUACUCUGGCUCAGAAAAAGCUUGCAAUGGCUAACCGUAAGCCGCUCUCCAAGCCUAUUGGCAGACCUCAUUCGCCGUCUUUACAUAACGUCAAACGAGAGAGAAGCCUGUCAUCGGCCGCUUCUUCCCGAGCGUCGUCGCCUGUUCACAGAGGCAGCUUGAGUCCAACGCAUCCAGGCUCUACGUCCGACACCACCAAUGGAGCCAAGAAACGACAGUCUAGUGAGAUUAGCGAUGGAGAGAGCGAGACCAAACGCAUGCGCAAAGCUGCCGGUUCAGCUAGUCCUCCUCCGCACUCAACACCAUCCGGUUCACCCGCUCCUUCUGCUACCGAUGCUGACGGGGAUCUUAUUACCGAAGCAGAAGUCGUCAAUGCACUACGCGGAAAACGUCUUACCACCAAGGAGUUCUUGUCUGUGUUUAGGAAAAGACUUAAGAAGGACCGCAAUAAGGAUAUCAUUACCGGUCUUCUGAAGAAGGUUGCACGACAUGUCGAUUCUGGUAAUCCAAAGGAGAAAUUGCUUGAACUCAAACCGGACUAUCAAUGAGUAAUUUACCCCAGUUGGCUCACUGUCUGCGCAAUUACCCCCCAUCCAUCUCGCAAGUUACCAUACUCGAAGAUUUCCGUUUUUUUUUUGUACAUUUUUUUUUCUUUCUAGCUGUAUGCCUUUCAUACAUCCGUUUUUUUUUUUACCAUCCAAUACAAUAGUUUCCAGCUUGGA